CAUGUUUGUUUGUGAAACUAGUUGUCCUACAUUAAGGCAAGAUCCAAGUUACUGAUAUUUCCUGAUGCAAGGAAUGACAUUCUGUUUAAGUUUAUAAUAUAAAGCAGAGAGAUUGUACGGAAACAUUCUAGUCAUAUCAUAUCAAACAGACAAGCAUAAAACAAAACACGACUUGAAUGUCUCAUUUCCACCUAAUAUUUGAAAUUAGCAACCUUUUGAAAGCCAAUAUCUUCUUCAAAAUUUCACCCUAAAAAACAAAACCCUCACCAAUUGCUAAAAUUCACAAGUUCUCUAAGUGUUUGGAGUCAACCUGCAUCUAAUACGAGGCCCUCCCGAUACGCACAGUUUUAUGUGGAUGAUGUGGAAAAAUGAACACUGGGUGUGUCUGCAAAGCCCCUUUACGUUAGCGUCCAUUUAGCUUUGUUUUUGGCUCUGAGCGCCGUUGAUCUUCCGUAGGACCCUUUACAUUUGCAAUCAUAGGAUUUGCUAUGGACAUGCCUCUUAAAAGGGGAAAUUUCCAAUCCCAUGGAUUCAGGUAUUCUUCACAUGCAAGGGCUUGCCUUUUAAUAGAGCCCCAAGGAAUGAAACUCACUGGUAACGAGGUCGCUUCGAGGCCUCGAAGGAGGUCGAGAUGGGGACCUGGGCACGAGACUCUUGUUUGUACUCGCACCUCCCGGGUGCGUCUUCAGCUGAGCUUUGCGCCACUGGAUGUGACGUAAAUUGCUCUCUACAAGGAGAUGAUCGAUUCACCUAUGGUCUACAUUUGACCUUUCAUAAAUUAUAAUUAAAGUUAAUGCCAUUUAAAUGUCAUUGUCGAAAGUUGAUCCGCCAAAAUGGCCCUGGCAACCUACUGUUUCCAAAAACUAUUGUUCUGUAAGUGUACAUACGUUGCGCAUUUCACUCGGUAUAAUUCAGCUCCGUCUUUGACAGUCAGUACAGUUAAGUUAAGUGAAUGUGUCGAGUGGUGCAAUCUCGAAAACACUGCCAAGCUCAAAAUGGUUAACUAAGGUAAGUUGCACAAAUUUUAGCAUUCCUAAAAUUUCAACGGAAAGCUUGAAAUUUCAGCAAGCUCUGCUGAUCGCAAUGAUCGAUCCUUUCAAAACAAAUUGCUUUCUUUUCUGCGUUUUUCAGUGUGUAAAUUCGAGUCUCACGCAUAUUUCAAAAACAACUGACGUAAACGAGGUUUGUUAGUGGAAUGCAAAUGCUAUGCUGUUGUCUAUUGUGUAGCCUGCGUAGCAGUCUUUUCCGUUUCCUCUAAGCGGGAGAAACCGUGAGCCAAGUGGAAGUCGCCCGAACGCAUGGGGCGAGAGCAAAAAGUUAGGAACCUCCCUCCUGCCACUAAUUUUUUUGUUACCUCUGUUCGCGCGACUCCCGCUUGCCUGAAAGGAAACGGAAAAGACUGCUACGCAGGCUAUCUGUUGUUACUUGUAAAACAGUGUUUAAUGUUGUAACCAAACAAAACUGGGAAUUGUUUUCAGACGCGCGCUGUGACGGAAGAACCAGGCAAUCAAACAAAGAUGUACAAUACCAUUUUCUUUCGUGACAUUUGUGCACUGCUUUAAUAGCGUAUUUUAUUUCGCAAUUUAUCGUAGACUUUUUAUCAGAAGGAAAAUGUAGCCCAUUUCACCAGUCAUUGAAGUUUUCCUCCAUUAACUGCACGUAUAUCUUGACAUAAACUUUGUCAAUCAAACAAUCUGUUUGAUGGCCACUCAUCUUGGAUGUAAUUAAUUACUGGACGUACUGAAUUUCACUCCCUGGAUUGAUGAAGCGAAAUUCUGGUCAGACAUUUUGGGAAAUAUUUCUUCUGAUAAAGGUUUUGUGUCCAACACUCAAGACAGUUAGAAUUUCACCCCAAACACUUUCCAUCAGGGACCUUGUUAUUUUGUUUUUACGCAGUUUUACCUGAGAGUGUUGAUUGUGUCGGAGACCUUUUAUAUCAACUUCAAUGUUUUUGAAAAAUUUCUUGUCACAUGCCCGCCCGGCCGACGCUGAACGACGCUUUCUCGCGGAAAAAAAAUUCUCCCUUGUUUCAUUUGAUGGUGUGCUGUCGAAUGAAUCACGGCGACUGUUUGAAAGAGUAUCGAGAAGCAAAUGUAAAAAUUCAAACUUUUGGGAAUGGAACAAAAGUCCCAGAAGAACAUUCGGCGUUAUUUCUGGCUGCGUUCCAGUCUUCCUAUACCGCCAUGUCACGGGUUUCCCAGAAAUUAACGUUUUGUACCUAUUUCACAACCUUCUUUCCCCUAUCCCUUUAGCGAUAGAAUCACGUUGAUUUUUCUCUUGGGGUAUGCAGCUAAAUCUUGUUAACCUCACACACUCAAAGAGGUCCUUUAUAAGUACAGAUUUAAGACACAAUUUGUGCAUUUAUUGAUCUAUGCGAUUACUACUGUUUACGAGGUCCUACAUAGUCAUUAAUCUCCAAUAAAUCCGGGCCCUUUUACACGACAGCAGGUAUUUUCAGAUGGUAGGAAAACUUCAUUGUUAGGGAUAAAAGGAAUGAGUUUUAUUCUAUCGGAACUUUAAAUUUAGCUAAUUUGUAACACUGCGUUUUUCAGUGGUCGCAGGCGUGUUUAGAUAUUUGAAAUUUUAAAACACAAAUGGUUUCACCAUCUUUGUACAGUAGUACCUGAUAUUGACUUAUGUCCAUUUCAUUUGUUCAUUAGUGUCUGUUUGUAAAGUAUUGCCCGCAUGGAACAGAGCCAUGACUUCAAUUAAAUGACACAAUUGAGGACAAGCAAAUGAGUUGCCAAAACUACCAGGUGAAGGAAACGUGGGAAGCCUGGAUGUCGUUUCAGAGGCACCGUCCCGUGGUCGUGCCGGGCACUGCCACUAGAAGCUGGCUCAACUCCAGACCCGCUGGACUUUCCACUUUAGAAAUGGGUAUUAAUAACAGACGAGCGGUGUCCACCUCGGAAUCCAUUCGUCUUAAAAAUCUUCCACCGAUCAAAGACCAGACUCGUCCAGGAAACAGAAAGGUGGGGAUUAGAACCGACGUAAGCGAAAAAGAACAGCCAUCUUGGGCCAAGAGCUGGGCCGGAGUUCGUGCACAACAAACAAAUGUCCACUCAAAAGGUUGUACAACCAAAGGACGAAGUCCCUUGACAAACACUGGCUUGACGUCUGCCCGCAAGAAAACUGAAGUUGUCGCAAUGAAUGAAAAAGAAGCGAUGUUGUUUAAGCGGCUCAAAGGAAUCUAUGCCAAUUCUACCGAUAGAACUAUGAGAGCUCAAAGAUUAAAAAACAGUAUUGACUCACUGCAAACUAAGACUCUGCACUCUGAAAUAGACUGCAGCUUGAGAGAGUAUAAAAGAAGACAAGAAGAGGACACAAGGAACAGAUCAGAACUUAAACGGUUAAGAGACAGGUUUUCUAAAGACAAAGAACGGCGUCACAGAAGAUCUUACGUGAGUAUUAAUGCAUUAGAAUGUCCCAGAGUGUCACGCCACGCGUAUGGUCUGCCCGAGGAUGGACAAGAAGACACGCAAUCUGGAGUCACGCAUCACGCUAAACAAAAGUUACGAGUCAUUUGGAGAAAUGCCAUGAAAAGAGCUACGUUGGUAGACAAAAUGAUAAAUGUUGGGACAAAAAAUAAAAUUAAGUUACCAGAAAUAAAAGUACGGCGACAAAGUGUGAGCCAUAAAGACUCGAGGACUCCAAGUGCUGAGGAAAAUAGACAAGGACCUCGACGAGACUCGAUAGAAACAGUAAACCAACUUCAAUUGGUACUUGGAGAAAUAGAUGUUAUGUCCACAGUUGUCUCAGACUCGGAUGAAGAUCUUGAAGACAUCGAACAGGACUUGGAUCUGUAGAGCUUGCUAGAUGAAGAAAUUUGAUUUAGUAAUAGUUAACAGGAUAUGUACGUAUUUGUUACUUAUCCUUUUAUUCGGUACGAUUUUACAACUAGCUACUAAUUUAUACUAUUUUGGAACUUCCAACAUUUUUUAAACAAUAAAGUAAACACUGUAAUGUCUUUAAUGUUCACCACUAAAUUUUCUUUCGCGCGCCAGUUCAUAAAUCAUAUUAAAUUAUUUUAACUUCCUUAGAUGAAAGCCGUGAAAGCCAAAUGUAAAAUUUGAAAAAGA